CAAAAAUUUUCACUUGCGUGCGUGUUCAAUCACGUUGGUGGUGGCCGCGGAUUUAUUUGAGAUUUUCAACGUGAAGUAGUGUGUGAUUGUGAAAAAGGAUCCUCUGUCGUUAAAUCGUGCGGGUGGCCGUACCGGAACAGCUCCUAAAUGGCGGAAUGAGCAAAUCUGGGCGCUCGUUUUGGAAAAGAAGGCCCGGCUCCAGCUGCGGACUUUCCCGGCCGCCGUCAUGACGUGGCCUUCAAGACGGAGUACAGCUGACAUGGUGCAGAACUCGUUCCGGGUGUUGGUUCUGCCGAGUGACGGACCAGGGGACUAUUUCGAUCGUGGAUUACGGAUGAGCCAAGUAAUGCUGCCGGGGAGUUUCUUUCCGGAUGAAAUCAAUGGAAACAGUGCAACAAUCUCAUCCACGGGUCAACUGAUCACCAAGAGGGCAAUCUUACUGCAACCAGGCUGCUUGUUUGGAUCGCCAAAUUUUCCCUGGCCGUUUCCUGGAAGGCGUUGCUACAGAUGCGAAAAGGGUAGACCGACAACGUAGACGGAGUUCCUGUGGUGUUGGUGGUGACAAGAGGACGAAAUCAACCGGAGCCUUC